AUGCGAUUCAACGCUCUUCUCGCCCUCUUCCUCAGCGGCACCGCCUUCGCGGCCGAUGCGCCCAAGAAGGUCAGGAUUCGCGGUGUCAGCCUGCUCGGCAGCGGCUGCCCUGCCGGUACCGCCGACGUUCAGGUCGACGCGACCGGCUCCCUCUUCGAGGCCACCUUCUCCCAGUACGAGGUCGAGACUGGCCCCGGCACACAGCCCAUCGACUGGCGCAAGAACUGCAAGCUCACGCUCAACAUGGAGUUUGACGAGGGCUUCCAGUUCACCGUCUUGGACACCAACAUGAUCGGCUUCGCCGAGAUCCCCGCCGGUGCCAACGGCCAGUGCGUCAACACCUUCUCCUUCACGGGCAACGGCCUGGAGCGGGUCGACUUCGCCAUCAAGCUCCCCGGAAAGUACAGCGGACGCUUCAACCUCGAGUCCCACCCCGGCCUCACCUCCUGGUCUCCUUGCGGCGGCAGCACGGCCAUCCUCAACAUGAACACGGCCUGCAACAUCUCGCCCACCAACCUUCCGGCUCUCAUCGCCGUCGAUCACAUCAGCGGCAAGCUCACCGUCAAGUUUGCCGUCCAGUGGAGAGAUUGCCGCAAAUAA